AUUGAAACAUGUGUACUUGUUGACAUGUGACAGCAACAACUUGAAGGCAAUGUCCAUUUGGCACAAUGGAAUUCAAUGCAACAUGACUGUUCAGCUUGGAGCACUGUUUUACCAAAUAUUUUUUUAACUACCCGGUUUCACUGUGGACCAUUCUACAUGACUGGACUUUCCAACAUCAAUAUGGCUACUUCACAGAUAUACAUUUGGACAUUUACUAUUUUCAUUUUUCCAACUAUAACUUGGGGAUUGCUGUCUGACUUCAAAAUUUGUGGAGACUCUGAGUGUGAAAGUAAGUAGACAACAAGAAAAUAAAUAAAUGGUUAGGCUAUGUGCAGCACAUAUUACACAUUCAUUAUUACUAUCCUGUCCUCUAAAGUUUGAGUUCCUACGAUGACCUUAUGUGGCUUUUGUGUGUAUAGGCUUGCUGAGUCGGGUCAGGGCCACAAGAGAUCACCAGGGAAAGGAUUGUAGAUUCCUGAACUUCAAAAAAGGGGAUGUGAUAUUUGUUUACCACAAACUCUCUGGCAAAAGAGAUGAUCUAUGGGCAGGAAGUGUAAGUGUUUUUUUUUGUAACUGAAAUUACAUUGAAUAACAUAUUUUGUUGUAUGUUUGUUAUGCAAUAAUGUUUUGUGCCCUAUGCUGUAUUCCAGAUUGACAGACGAUUUGGUUAUUUCCCAAAAGAUGCUGUGAAAGUUGAUGAAAUUCAUGCAAAAACAGAGAAAGAAGUGGCCACACAGGUAACCUUUCCACUUUAUUACUCUAUGAAUUUCAGUUUUAGGCCUACUGAAUGUAUGGUUAUACAUGUGUAUUGAAUGGUAAAUAAGCAGUGCUUUAAAUAUCUUUGCUAAACACAUUCUGUUCAUUAAAGCUACUCUUAUGUUCCUUUUAGAAACAUGACUUCUUCUGCAUAGAUGAGUAUGGCUCAUUAAUUGAUCAUGACUCCAGUGAGUGGGACAAUGAAGAAAAUCUAGUUUCAGAAUUUCAAGAAAUCGCCACCAAUGAUGCUCAGGAUUCUAAAACUUCCAAAGAUGCCUUUCUGUCCCAAAGUUUCGCACAGAGCAGUGAUGAAACCGGAAACAAAGAUGCCAAUCAGGCCGGAAUGGAAGACUUCUCUGACAAUACCAAACCUGCCCCUAGCGAACAAGGUGGGUCUCAGUGGAUUGGCUCUACAGUAACUGGAUGGCUUAGUUUAGGUGGUGAAAACCCUGAUGAUAAUCCCAAAGAAGACAACCCAGAACAAGAGUCUUUCAGGAGCAGGAAACUUGCUUUGGACAUUGAUGGGAACCAGUUGGAAAAAGAGACGAAAAAGACUGACAAUUCUGGCUGGUUUGGAGAUGGACUGACUAGCGCCUUCGGUUUUGGUCAAAAAGCUCCAGAGGAGGAGAAGCCCAUUGAAAAGGAAGUGGAAGAGCAACCCCCACCCUCUAACUCCUGGUUGAAUAUUGGCAUUAGAGAUGUCUUACAUUUUGGUCAAUCUAAUCAGGAUAAAGUUGAAGAGAGAGUAGAAGCAGCAGGCAGAGAUGAAACGACAGGCACAACAGACCCACAGGACCUUGACUCAAGUCAGUCUCAUCAUGAUGCCACAUUGGAGCAAAUAAAAGAAACAGAGCACCAGAGAGAUGAUAACACUGGUAAGGAGGCAGAGAGAACAGAUACACACCCCUCAAAACCUAUUGAUGAUUAUAACCACGGCCAAGAGGACCGUCAUAGUCAGGAAGAAGAUGGUGAGUUAAGAAAAGAGGAAGAUGCAGGGUGGUAUGGCAGCAUCUAUCACAAUAUUGCAGGCCUUUAUGGGGAACAGGGUGGUGAUGAGGAGGACGAGGAUAUACUUAUAGCUGAGGAUAGAGAGGAUAAAGAUAUCAGCCUUCAGUCAGAAACAGAGUCACAGUCUGUAUUCUCAUCCAUGUUUGACACUCUAGCAUCACAGUUUCAGGCCGAUAACCCUAACGAUUAUAAAAACGCCCAAACUGAUGAGCUAACAGAUAUAAAACCGGCAGAUGCAGAUACAGAGAUCUCCCUUACUUCUCAGAUGGUUAUCCCAUAUGAUUCUACUGAGGUUUCUGUAGGUAGGAAGGAUGAUAAUGAUGGUAAUGACAGCAAUGAGGCUCCACAUCCCCCUCCAUUAGAUGUGGAUACGGUUCAGAGUGCUAAUGAAAUACUGGAGGCAUUCAAACAGCCACUUCAAACUAGCAAGUAUAUGUCUUUGUCCCACGACCCUCAAUUACAGGACACAACCGGAAUAGUGAAUCUUGAAGUUGGUCCUGAAAAAACUAUAGCUGAGAUGGAAGUUGUUGAUCAAGAGGAAUUUCCCUCCUCUGAUCAUUCCAAGGAGUGGCACGUUGAGACCGAUCCUAUAGAUAACAUAGGUUUGAUAAACAUUAUCCUUGACCCGGUGUUAGACUCAACUAUACUAAAUGCUGACACUACAAGUAACAAUCUUCUAUCUGAUAAAGGUAAUGAUGGGGAAAGUAAUAUCGUGGACAAAGCAUCUGUGGUAGAGGAAGCAGAUUCAACUAAAGAAGUUACUGAGACAGAGUGGAUAGAACCAGGGAAAAUAAUUAAAGUUGAGAGAGACCAUGGGGAUCAAGCUACUCUCUCUACACAUGUCUUUGAAAAUACACAGAGCAGUUCCGGACCUGAUGCUAAAAUCGAAAUGUAUCCUGACAGCUCAGAUCUAGUUCCCCCUGAGAUAGUAACAGGAAAUGAACAAAGACAGACAGAAAUCCUUGAGGAGGCAGACACAGAAAACAUGUCAGUGGAAGAUUUCAUUCAUGUCCACAAGGAGUCCCAUGAAUCUCAAAAAGACAGUGAUGAGAAACACAUCCUGAAUGAUAGAUCUGGGAUGAUGGAUGACCAGAAGACAGCAAUUGAGGACAAUAAUCUGCCGCUAGAUGACAGAAAUCAGACAGAUGACAGUAAUGAAAUACUGGAGGCAUUCAAACAGCUACUUCAAACUAGCAAGUAUAUGUCUUUGUCCCACGACCCUCAAUUACAGGACACAACCAGAAUAGUGAAUCUUGAAGUUGAUCCUGAAAAAACUAUAGCUGAGAUCAGGGAAAAUGAUGAGCACGAUUCUGCAGGUAGAUUAAAGCUAGAUGAUAUCACUACUAAUGAACCUGUCAGUUCCCACGGAGAUGUAGAGCCAAACCAAUUAGUGUCGGACCCCAAACCAGACAAUGAGGAGGACGUACAAAUAUCAACUGUGCUCCCCGAUGGGCUUUUGCAUGCUAAUGAUGAGGAUGCCCUUAAUCACCAUCAAGAGAGUCCUGCUGCUGACCUUGCUGAAAAUAGCCUGGAUGAUGUUGAGACUGUUCAUUCAGUUGGUCGGGAUGUUUUAGAAGGCUCAGGGAUUCCAAAUCUCUCUGAUUCGAUUCCUAUUCAGACAAAAGCGGAAACACUGACAGAGGAGCUACCUGAUGUAUCGGAGGAUACGUCUGUAAUGCAUACUGAGGUGGAGGACAAUGAUAUUGUCACUACAGGUAUUGAAGUGGUAUCCUCCAAUCAGAAAGGAGACGACAGUAUUCAAGUGCCUCAGAGCCCAGCAGAAAAGGACAGUGGGGACAGAGUAGGGAUGCUAAAUGGUCAGACAAGCAUGCCAGGUACAGAGGAUGCUUCAGUGCUGGAGGAGGUCACACAGACACCUGACCCCCAUCUGCAUGAUGCUCAGGAGCCUCACAUAGCUGAACCUAUCCUGAACCUAUCGCUAGUUGAACCUGUCAUAGUUGAUCCAGUCAUUGAAAAUGUAUCAGGGGUGGAGGGACAUAAUUUGAUUACCACAAGUGAGGAUGGGGAAAGUAAGGACAAGAAUGAGAAUACAUUAGAGGUACCAGAUAAGAAUGUUCAUGUUGAAGACAUAGAUUCAGUUUUGCUGAAAGACUCGUUAUCUUCUAACUAUGAGGAAAGUAAUUCCAAUGUAAUGGAAGUUGUUGAUCAAGAGGAAUUUCCCUCCUCUGAUCAUUCCAAGGAGUGGCACGUUGAGGCCGAUCCUAUAGAGAACAUAGGUUUGAUAAACAUUACCCUUGACCCAGUGUUAGCCUCAACUAUACUAAAUGCUGACACUACAAGUAACACUCUUCUAUCUGAUAAAGGUAAUGAUGGGGAAAGUAAUAUCGUGGACAAAGCAUCUGAGGUAGAGGAAGCAGAUUCAACUAAUGAAGUUACUGAGACAGAGGGGAUAGAACCAGGGAAAAUAGUUGAAGUUGAGAGAGACCAUGGGGAUCAAGCUACUCUCCCUACACAUGUUUUUGAAAAUACACAGAGCAGUUCCGGACCUGAUGCUAAAAUCGAAAUGUAUCCUGACAGCUCAGAGCUAGUUCCCCCUGAGACAGUAAUAAGAAAUGAACAACGACAGACAGAAAUCCUUGAGGAUGCAGACACAGAAAACAUGUCAGUGGAAGAUGUCAUUCAUGUCCACAGGGAGUCCCAUGAAUCUCAAAAAGACAGUGAUGAGAAACACAUCCUGAAUGAUAGAUCUGGGAUGACGCGUGACCAGACGAAAGCAAUUGAGGACAAUAAUCUUCCGCUAGAUGACAGGAAUCACAUCUCAUCAGUCAGUAGCCAGGAAGUACAUUCAAAAGGGACCAAAGGAUUGUAUAAUGAGAUCACUCUAGAAAACGAGAGAGCACAGGAAUUAGGCCUACAGGAUAGUGAAACCAAUGAUGGACGAAAUAGCUUUGAUCAGUUGCAUGCAGUUAGUCAGCUUUCCCCCACUGAUGAAGCUUAUAAUGUCAUUACUCAGUCAGAGAGAACAGUAGACCAUGAUACAUUGUAUUCAGGUGAGAAUUUCCUCUCAGACAGUCGGUCUAAUUAUCAAGAAGCAACAGAUGUAAAGAGCACAAUUAGAGAUGAAGAUAGGCAGCAGGAUUUUGAAAACGUGGACGUGAUUGAGAAGGAUGAUUUUGAGAAAAUCUAUAAUCGGGAUAAUGAAUCUAUUCACAAUGUUGAAAGAGAGGGUGAGACUUCAACUUCUCACAGUGAACCCCCUUGAAAGUCAAGACAUGCCCUCUGACCAGUAUUCAGUAGAGCCCCCUCAAGAGGAAAUCACAGACACAUCAGUCAACAAGGGUGCUAGGAGUUUCUUUGAAAAUGCUAUGGACUUUUUGAUCCCAAGCACUGUCUCCAAAGACUUAGAAGACCCAGAACCAAAGGGGAAAGAAGAGGAGGAACAAGAACCCCCACCUGAUCUUCCUGACCUGGACCUCCAUGAACCAGAACCACAGUCUCAGUCAACCUCAGUAGCAGAAUCGCUGAAAGCUACAGCGUUUUUGAAAGACUACAAGAAUAUCCAAAAGCACAUCAGUGCAGAUGAAAUAACUACUUUGUUGGACUUGUUUGGGAAGCACAAAUUCCUGUGGCUUGACUACAGCCUAGGAAGCUCAGAGACUUUGACUGAUGGCCAAGAUGGUGAUAAUGACCUAGCUAUUCUAUCAGACUUUGAAAGGCUCCUGCAGUAUCACAUUGAUGAGACAAAAACUCCAUCUGGUGGAGUUCUGGAGGAUGAAGACCAAUCCAGAAAAUUUGUGUCAUUACGAAAACUAGAAAUAUUCUUGUCAAACAUAAAAAACAGAUUCACCCCAGUGAAAGCACCUGUCAGUAUAAAAGACAAUCAAGGUACUACUCAUGUAGUAUGAGAAACAUUUAUUGAUUUUGGUUGCAUGUCUCUUGCAUGUCUCUUGCAUGUCAAUAUUGAAAAGGUUAGCAGUUGUCAAAGUGUUAAAUCUGACAACUGUUUAUUGACAAGGUCAUACAUGUUUUUAAAAUGAUUUGGUGUCAUAAUGUCUAUAUGUUAUCCAGCAGAAACAGACAGGACAAACUGCAUCAAUGAUGAUUGUUUCACUCGCAAUGAAAACGAAGACCUAACCAACCUGAAAGGAGAACAGAUUUCUGGGGAGGGAGACAUCCAAACCCCAACACUAACAGACAAAUGUAAUGCAUUUAUGCCCAUUCUUAAAAAUAACAUACUAAUUAUAUAAAUGAAAAUGGUUCCAUCUGAGGCUGGCAAAAAUGUAUGAUCAAUUAUUAUGACAUUCACUAUUGUGUUAUUUAUACCUUUUAAAUAUAUUUGACAGAUAAACCUGAGCCUGCAGUGAUGGAAUAUCUUUUCUCUUCUGCACGUCAAGUCACUGGUGAUGCUGUUGCUCAAAUGCUGACUGUUAAGGCUCUUCUAAAAUGGCUCACUGUACAGGUAAGAAAGUUAUAUGACUACUACAUCCCCCUUGAAAUCUAUUGAGAUUAAAUUAGCUAAGCAGCCCAUACAUUUAAAAUGAUUGGACUGCACUAUGGAUGUGUCAAUGGACUGCACUAUGGAUGCCUCCUUCAUCCUCAAUAGAAUAGAAUAUAAUAUAAUAUUUUUCCAAGAGACGGAACUUCGGUUGUGGUAUUGGACUAAGACAAAUACACUGCUCAAAAAAAUAAAGGGAACACUUAAACAACACAAUGUAACUCCAAGUCAAUCACACUUCUGUGAAAUCAAACUGUCCACUUAGGAAGCAACACUGAUUGACAAUACAUUUCACAUGCUGUUGUGCAAAUGGAAUAGACAACAGGUGGAAAUUAUAGGCAAUUAGCAAGACACCCCCAAUAAAGGACUGGUUUUGCAGGUGGUGACCACAGACCACUUCUCAGUUCCUAUGCUUCCUGGCUGAUGUUUUGGUCACUUUUGAAUGCUGUCGGUGCUUUCACUCUAGUGGUAGCAUCAGACGGAGUCUACAACCCACACAAGUGGCUCAGGUAGUGCAGCUCAUCCAGGAUGGCACAUCAAUGCGAGCUGUGGCAAGAAGGUUUGCUAUGUCUGUCAGCGUAGUGUCCAGAGCAUGGAGGCGCUACCAGGAGACAGGCCAGUACAUCAGGAGACGUGGAGGAGGCCGUAGGAGGGCAACAACCCAGCAGCAGGACUGCUACCUCCGCCUUUGUGCAAGGAGGAGCAGGAGGAGCACUGCCAGAGCCCUGCAAAAUGACCUCCAGCAGGCCACAAAUGUGCAUGUGUCUGCUCAAACGGUCAGAAACAGACUCCAUGAGGGUGGUAUGAGGGCCCGAUGUCCACAGGUGGGGGUUGUGCUUACAGCUCAACACCGUGCAGAACGUUUGGCAUUUGCCAGAGAACACCAAGAUUGGCAAAUUCGCCACUGGCGCCCUGUGCUCUUCACAGAUGAAAGCAGGUUCACACUGAGCACAUGUGACAGACGUGACAGAGUCUGGAGACGCCGUGGAGAACGUUCUGCUGCCUGCAACAUCCUCCAGCAUGACCGGUUUGGCGGUGGGUCAGUCAUGGUGUGGGGUGUCAUUUCUUUAGGGGGCCGCACAGCCCUCCAUGUGCUCGCCAGAGGUAGCCUGACUGCCAUUAGGUACCGAGAUGAGAUCCUCAGACCCCUUGUGAGACCAUAUGCUGGUGCGGUUGGCCCUGGCUUCCUCCUAAUGCAAGACAAUGCUAGACCUCAUGUGGCUGGAGUGUGUCAGCAGUUCCUGCAAGAGGAAGGCAUUGAUGCUAUGGACUGGCCCGCCCGUUCCCCAGACCUGAAUCCAAUUGAGCACAUCUGGGACAUCAUGUCUCGCUCCAUCCACCAACGCCACGUUGCACCACAGACUGUCCAGGAGUUGGCGGAUGCUUUAGUCCAGGUCUGGGAGGAGAUCCCUCAGGAGACCAUCCGCCACCUCAUCAGGAGCAUGCCCAGUCAUACAGGCAUGUGGAGGCCACACACACUACUGAGCCUCAUUUUGUCUUGUUUUAAGGACAUUACAUCAAAGUUGGAUCAGCCUGUAGUGUGGUUUUCCACUUUAAUUUUGAGGGUGACUCCAAAUCCAGACCUCCAUGGGGUUGAUAAAUUUGAUUUCCAUUGAUAAUUUUUGUGUGAUUUUGUUGUCAGCACAUUCAACUAUGUAAAGAAAAAAGUAUUUAAUAAGAUUAUUUCAUUCAUUCAGAUCUAGGAUGUGUUAUUUUAGUGUUCCCUUUAUUUUUUUGAGCAGUGUACAUAACAGCACAGUACACACAUGACAAUAAUCAUUGACUAGAUAGCUGAAAAAGCUGGUCCUUUAAAACCUCUGGUAUGUGUCUCUGGUAUGCAACAUGUCAUCUGCACUGCCCCUAUGCGUCAUCCAACACUUUGAGGAGUUGUAGUUGGCUCUGGCUUCGGUGACAAGGCUAUUCCCUGCACUGUGGUAGUGCAAUAACAUGAGGACUUUAAAUUGAGAAUACAGAUGGAGGUUCAGGUUCAGGAUGUUGACCAGGUAAGUUAAAUGUAGUGUUUUGGACACUGGGGAAAGCACUGAAAGGCUAGAUGAAAGGUCAACACCAAACCAACAACAACAACUGGGCCUAUUCUGAUAUGGCAAGGCAGUUGACAGCAGAGGGACUUUGGUGACAAUCUGUCUCAGCUAGAGGAAAGGGCACUUUUUCCUUGUUUAUAGACUAUUUGAGAAUAGGGAUCGAGGUUGAAUAAUAUGUAUCGUUUUCCAAAAAAAUUGUAGGGUAGCACAAUUUGCAUGUUUAAUCAGCUUCAGUGUCACUUUAAAUACGCCUCAGUCUGCGGGUGUGGCGUACUACGAUUGGUUACGUUGAAAAUAUACCAACUCAACUUUAGGCAGGAAGUGGGAGUGUUGUAACAUUUACCAAUACCUAUUUUGUCUGAAAAGUCAGAUAACAUAUAUUAUUGUGUAGGAUUACUAUGAUGUAAAUCAAUAAAAUUUCGUCUUAGAAAAAUAUAAACGAAAGUGCAUAAAAUAGCAACAACCUCCCCCGUACGUUUCAGCGUCAUGACGUGACCAACUCGUUAUCUUCAUGUUAUGAGUAUAGCCGCUACCGCUGUCAGGUGCAAGUAACAGCUGGGAAUUCGUUUUUUCAAUGUUAGAUAACAUAAUCCUGAAAAUAAUAUUUAAAUGAAGUAUUCGACGAAUGGAAGAUGAGACAGUCGCUACAGAAGCGACUGAUUUCAAAAUGACAGCAAGGACCUAUUACACGUUUGCCGUGGAGAAAGUUAAAGAUGUGAGUCACGUGUCAUUCUAGCCAAUUUACUCCCGCCUCCAGUAGUUGAUCUAGACGUGUUGGAGAGACUACAGAAAGAUAGGGAGGGUGUUGAUCCAUCUGAUUUCUUUAAGAGACGUCUGGAUACUGUGUAUCAGGAUUUUGUGUCCAUUUACACUGAUGGUUCAAAAGAUCCAAGGACAGGAACGUACUGGGUCAGCAUUUGUAGUGCAGGAAUGUGGGGUGGAAGUCAGGAAACGUAUUACAGAUCAUCUGGCUGUAUAUACGGCGGAGCUGAUGGCCAUACUGUUGGCCUUGCAGUGGGUGGAGGAAGUCAAACAAGACAGAAUAGUUAUUUGCUCUGAUUCAUGUGGAGUGUUAAUGAGUCUCCAGUCCUUUAGCUCACGUAGCAGACAAUACCUGCUUUAUGAGGUGCUACAAACCUAUGGCAGGAUUAAACAGAUGGGUAUUCAGAUAAGAUUUACUUGGGUCCCAGCCCAUGUGGGGGUGGAGGGGAAUGAGGCAGUAGAUGAACAGGCUAAACAAGCACUUAGUAGUGGGGAUGUUGAUGUUGAAGUUUCAAUGAGCAAGGCAGAGGCAAAAAUACUUAUAUAUACAGUGAUGGUGCAGAGAUGGCAGGAGCAAUGGAAUAGAGAUAAUAAAGGAAGGCAUUUAUUUCAAGUACAGAGGAAAGUCUGGGAGGGGAGGACGGCAGGAAGGGACAGAAGAGAGGAGGCUAUUUUUACAAGAUUAAGGGUGGGACACAGCCAGUUGAAUAAGACAUUAAAUGUGAUAGGAAAGCAUCCAACAGGAAAGUGUGAUUUAUUGUCAGGAAACAGAGACCUUGGAGAAUGUAUUGCUACAGUGUGGGCAGUAUCAGAGGGAAAGAGAGAGGAUGAGAUCUAGUAUGAGGGAGAAGGGGAUACAGGAAAUUAGUUUAAAGAGCAUAUUGAGUAGAACGUCAUUAGAAACAGUCUAUUUUUUGUUAUCUUUUUUUAAGAGCAACGGGGUUGGCAGGUAGGAUUUAGUUUAUCCCUGUCUCUGGCCCACACUCCAGUACAGUAGGUGGCGGUAAUGCACCACAACGUUGGAUGGCAACCGCCGAUAAACCCCACUGAAGAAGAAUUCUAGCCAUCUAACGUUAGCUUGGACUCAUCACUGCUAAAAACAUAAACUGGUGUUAGCAAGCAAGCUAGCCAACUACUACAUAAUUCAAUUUGUAGGGUUGUCAGAUAUAUCACGAAGUUGGGGGGAAAAGGGGGUAAAAAUUAAAUAACAAGUAGUUAGGUAGCUGGUUAGGUAGUUAGCUUGUUGUGGCUUCUUGUAGCAAUGACAAUCACUUUACUUCUCAGUCACUCACAACAACUUGUGUCUGUGUUUAGAGGAAGUUGGACGUUUGCACUUUGACUGUCAUGUAUCCACAAUCCAGGUCCUGAAACAAAAAUCUACAGCAGAUCUAUGAUGAUCGUAAGUAAUUUCUCUGAUUUUCUACCCAGGUCGUGUCAUCCCUUCCUGAUGACAUAAGGCCAGGUCCUGAUCUGUAUGGACUGCCAUGGGAAGCUGUCAUCAUCACUGCCUUACUGGGGUUGGGCACCCUCCUAUUGUUCAGCUGCAGGUUCUACCAAUGUGUAAGUUGUCUUUCUGAUAUUAUUAUCAGCAUGCACGUAUAGGGAUGAACAACAGCAUUCUUUAUUUUGAUUGGGGAGUGACCAAGCUCACAAAAUUGUUCCAUUGUUUCCACAGAUAAAGAGCAGACUGUAUUCAGGCAAAGAGAGGCGGAUGGGCCUGAAGGUGGCUGAACUAUUAGAUGAGAAGUGCAAAGUCCUUGAGAUUUUGAGUGAGGUUCAACAAAAGGUGAGGCCUAUGUCAAAUAAUCCUGUGUUAUUGUACUGUGUGUGUGUGACUGACUGGAUUAGCAAAUUAUUCAAUGCAAUGCCCUUUGAAAUUACAUGUUUUGUAUGGACCUGUGUGUUAGGAAUGCUUUUGCUACUGUUUGUUUAUGUUUAUUUAUGUACCUUUUUAGUAUGAAAAACUGGAAACUGCCCUGCAGAAUAGUGGCAUUUUGGCUCACGCCGCAGAGAGAGAGAAUCUGGAGGUAAGACAGACAAACUAAACGGUAUGAUUGUUAUCAAUACUGAAGAAACAUUCCCAUAUAACACCUCUAAAUAACACUGCCAAGUGGUAUAAAAGGACUUGGUAUGCAUGUGACUUUCAAGUCCCAGGAAAUCUAUAAUGGUGUCCUCCUCAGGUGAUGUCCCAGAGGCUGAAACGGUCAAAUAAACAGCUUGGAGAUGAUAUAGAAAAGUUAAAGAAGGACCUGAAUAUCCAGAGAGCGAGGAGGUUGCAGCAGGAGGAUACAGUGAGUUUGACUUUGUACAUUUUUCUCAUCACCUUUUCCAGUGUGUUGAUGUUUAUGCGUUGACAUCUUUCAACUAUUGUUAUUAUUUUCAGUUUCACUCUUUGCUCUAAAAUUUCACUGUUUAUUUAUUUUUGAGAUGUGGUGUUGUGUGCAAUUCUCCAGAUUGCAGAUAUGCAGGAAACCUUGAAAACCUUAGAAGAAGAAACCAGGGACCUCAAGUCCCAGACAGAACAGGUAAAGUCUGAAAACAUGUUAAUUGUAAUUCCUUCCCGUAAUGCAUGUUAAUCAUGUUGACACAGUCAAAGCCAGGUUAGAUGUAACUCAUUCUGUUCUCUUUUCAGGCACAGACAACCCUGAAAAUAUAUGACAUGAACAGUGAGAGGAAUCAGAAUAAUCUGGAGGCAGCAAAAGAGGAGAAGGCCUUGCUCCAGGAGAAACAUGCCCAAGUAUGUAACCUGACAUCUAAUAUGUCAAUUUUCAUCUAUAUAUAGGCCUACCAAACUAAUCAGAGCCAUAGAUACAGUAUCUAUAUGUAUGGCUCUGUUACUAAUAGUGGUGUAUACUCCAGUUCCAUAUCAGCCUUUGUUGCUUUAAUGCUAAACGAAGCAUUUGAAGUUUCUUGUUACACAUUACAAAGAACCUGCAUGGGUUGUCCUGACAAGAAAGCAGAAAGAGUCCUAUAGUCUGGUGGGGUCCUCACCCUUUCCGCCUCUUCCCACAGCUGGUCCAGGAGGCAGAGGGCUGGGGGGAGCGGAUGAGUGAGCUGGAGGAGGAGAUGAGGAUGUGUGAGAGCUCCUACACUGGAAUGCUGCAGGAUGCUACCAACAAAGACGAGCGCAUCAAGGUUUGCAUUCAUAUUACUGCACUGUCUAAAACAAAUAUUUGCGUACCUUGCCCUGCACUGGAAAAACCAGUCAACACCCACUAUGAAGAUUACUUGGGGUUUCAACUGACCAUAAGUUAGUUGACACCCUAAAUGGCUCAACCUAUUUGAGGCUAUGAUAAUCUUCAUAAUGGUAAUCCUUUAUUGCCUGUUAUUUAAUUAUAAAUUGUAUGUACUUUGUUUUGUUGUAUGUACACUAUAUAUACAAAAGUAUGUGGACACCCCUUCAAAUUAGUGGAUUCGGCUAUUUCAGCAACACCCGUUGCUGACGGGUGUAUAAAAUCGAGCACACAGCCAUGCAAUCUCCAUAGACAAAGAUUGGCAGUAGAAUGGCCUUACUGAAGAGCUCAGUGACUUUCAACGUGGCACCGUCAUAGGAUGCCACCUUUCCAAAAGUCAGUUUGUCAAGUUUCAGCCCUGCUAGAGCUACCCCAGUCAACUGUAAGUGCUGUUAUUGUGAAGUGGAAACGUCUAGGAGCAACAACGGCUCAGCCGCGAAGUGGUAGGCCACACAAGCUCACAGAACGGGACCGCCGAGUGCUGAAGCGUGUAAAAAUUGUCUGUCCUUGGUUGCAACACCCAUUACCGAGUUCCAAACUGCCUCUGGAAGCGACGUCAGCGAAUCUGGGUUUGGCGGAUGCCAGGAGAACACUACCUGCCCCAAUGCAUAGUGCCAACUGUAAAGUUUGGUGGAGGAGGAAUAAUGGUCUGGGGAUGUUUUUGAUGGUUCGGGGAAGGCCCCUUAUUUCCAGUGAAGGAAAAUCUUAACGCAACAGCAUACAAUGACAUUGUAGAUGAUUCUGUGCUUCCAACUUUGUGGCAACAGUUUCAGGAAGGUCCUUUCCUGUUUCAGCGUAAUGCCCCUGUGCACAAAGCGAGGUCCAUACAGAAAUGGUUUGUCGAGAUCUGUGUGGAAGAACUUGACUGGCCUGCACAGAGCCCUGACCUCAAUGCCAUCGAACACCUUUGGGAGGAAUUGGAACACCGACUGCGAGCCAGGCCUAAUCGCCAAACAUCAGUGCCCGACCUCACUAAUGCUCUUGUGGCUGAAUGGAAGCAAGUCCCUGAAGCAAUGUUCCAACAUCUAGUGGAAAGCCUUCCUAGAAGAGUGGUAUGCUGUUAUAGCAGCAAAGGGGGGACCAACUCCAUGAUUUUGGAAUGAGAUGUUCGACGAGCAGGUGUCCACAUACUUCUGGACAUGUAGUGUAUGUAUGUGUUUUGCUGCAUGAAUACAACACAAGAAGUUCACUAGGGUAAAAUAAAAUUUGCAUUUUAAUGUUAAAGCCUUCUCUCUCCAUCAGUCCUUGACAGACUGCCUGUUGAAGAUGAAAGACUGGGACUCAGUGCUGGAGGACAAAGCCAACGGAGAGGAGAGGAACGGGACACAAGGGACGGGGAAUGGAGAAGGACAAGGUGAGGUUCUGUCUGGUGUAUACAAGGCUAUGACUGCUAGUAAGGCAUGGUCAACUGGCUUUUGCUCACCAUCUCUUGGAUCGUUAUGCACGGCCAUCAUUAGAUAUAUAUAUAUUUUAAAGGAGUCAGGAUAUUGACUGAGGGAGUGGGCGAUCUGUGUAUGUGUCUUCCCAGAUUUAACUUAUUUGUUUGUUCUUUUUUGUCCACAGAUAACCAUCAACGACAAAGAAUACAGAAACUAAUUCAUGCAGCCAAGGUAUGUCUUCUCUUCAACUGAAAUGAUGGCUUAAAAACAAAACUCUUAUCAGUGAUAAAUAGAAGAUAUGUGACUAUUUAUAAAAAAAAAUAUAUAUAUAUUUUUUGUCUUCUCUUUAGAUGAAUGCAGACUUGAAGUCGGUGGAUGAAGACAAGGACAGGGUGUUUGCUAAGCUAACAGAUGAAGUCAAGGCCAAGGAGGAUCUCCAAGGUAAGCAGAGUAGUGUGCUGUUCAAUAGUAAUUCCUCUGAUCACGGUGGAUAACAAAACAACGUUUGUUUUAUAAUGUACAUACAAUUUAGCAGAUGCUGUUAUCCAAGGGUGUUUUGGGAAUAAUCAAGAUGCAAAGACAAAUGGUCGGUUUCCCAGACACAAAUUAAAGGGAUACUUAGCAUUGCUAGUAGAUACCCAUAGACUUCCAGUCAUUGCACUAAAGCUAGUUAGCAUUGGCUCGCAAAACUACCUCUAACUUCCUUCAUACUGGACACAGAUGCAUAAAAAUGGUAUCCACAAGUUAAUCUGACUCUGGGGAAGUCGAUAAAGGGCCUCAUUACCAACAUCCCCAAGUAUCCCUUUAAGCCUAGACCUGGACUAAAAAGCUUGACUGUUGUGUUGCAGAGGGGAUUAAGAAACUGAAGAAUGAGAAGGCCUCUCUGCAGACAGACAGUGAGAAGUACACGGGCCAGGUGCAGAAACUCCAGCAGAAACUGCAGAUCAUGACGGAGAUGUACCAGGAGAAUGAGCUCAAACUACACAGGUACUGUACAGGAGCCACACCAACGCUGACCCAAAUGCACAGCUUCAUCUAUGAACAUUCAAAGCUAUACAGGCUAAUCAUUAAAAGAUACAUACGCUAAUAUAGGAUUUGUAAGGAUUUAAAAGCAAAUGUAUAAAAGCGUUUAUAAUGGCUUAUUCAUUAAAGUUAUUAUGAAGUGUAACCAAAGUUUCUCCAAUUAGAGUGGGGCUAUUGAACUGUACUAUGCCUGGUAAUGUAUGUUAAUAGACUUCUCCCCUGUGAUAUGUCUAUGUUAAUGGUUCUUCUCCCCUGGUGUCAGGAUGUUGACUGUGGAGGAGAGGGAGCGUCUGCAGAAGGACGAGAAGCUGACCAAGGCUGACAAGAGCAUCACCCUGGCCGUAGAGGAGCGCAACAGCUACAGGUCAGCUACUGCAGGGUUACCCAAACUCAACCCCCCCCCCCCCCCCCCCCCCCCCCGGGUGCACGUUUUGGUUUUUGCCUUAGCACUAAACUGCUGAUUCCAAUAACCAUCUCAUCAUCAAGCUUUGAUUAUUUGAAUCAGCUGUGUAGUGCUAGGGCAAAAACGUAAAUGUGCACCCAGGGGGGCCCAAGGACAGAGUAUGGGAAACCCUGAGCUACCGGACAUCCCUGACUCCAGAUAUCAUUAUGUCCAAAAACCUACCAACCAACACUUUUCUAUUUCUUGGUUAGGUUUUUCCAUAACCCUAACCCUAAAAUGUAUACUUUCAGUAAACCUCCUGUCAAUCAAAUAGAUCCAAUGUGUUUUAUGAGACACCACUAAAGGAGCAAGGAGUUGCACAUGUCCAAAAUAUUCACGGGGUGUUUGUGUUGAGUGCUUGUCUCAGGGUGCAGUUUUGUUUUCACACAUACAGGCAAAGAGCACAAGACCUGGAGGAUGAGCUGGAGAAGACUAACCAGGCCUACAAAACCCAGGUGGGCGAUCUGACAGUCUGUUCUAUCAUAAGAGACUGGGAGAGGAGAAAAACAUUCACCACAUGCAAUGAUGCUAUGGCCAAUACCACAUUUAAUUCGCUCUCCAUCUUUCAGAUAACUUCUCAGGAAAAGAAGGCACACAAGAACUGGGUAAGUACAUAGUUGCAUCAUACAUACACUAUGGAGCACAACUCAGCUCAUAGUCAUGUUAAAUGGGAUUUCCUCAGCCUGGCAACCUGUCUGUAAUCUCUUGUCUGCAUUGUAGCUAGCAGCACGAGGUGCUGACCGUGACUUGGCUGAAGUUAAAAGAGAGAAUGCACACCUCAGGCAGAAGUAAGUACUAAAGAAUACUUUUUUUAUUGAAGUCAGUUUCACCAGACAUGAUGGGAGGUGUUGCUACAAAAUAGUAUUUCCAUGUAGUGUGAUAAGUAUUCUCCAGCUGUGGUAUGUCUCCAUGCAGAUUGACUGAUACUCAGUUCAAGCUGGAUGUGGUGGAGAAAGACCCCUAUACUCUGGACAACAUGGACAGACCUCUGUUCAGAGGUGAGUCUCUGAUAAACUAGCUGUAAUGAUAUCUUCUGCUAAAUCCCAACUCGCCCCCUACAUUUACAUUUACAUUUUAGUAAUUUAGCAGACGCUCUUAUCCAGAGUGACUUAGUUAGUGAGUGCAUACAUUUUCAUACUGGCCCCCCGUGGAAAACGAACCCACAACCCUGGCGUUGCAAGCGCCAUGCUCUACCAACUGAGCUACAGGGGACUACACCCUAACCACUACGCCAUACAUUGAGAGGAUUGGAUAGGGGGAAGCAAUAUGUUAACAGAACUGCUUAUAGCUUAGAACUGCUUAUGGGCGACAUGUAGCCUAGCGGUUAGGUCAGUUGGGCUGACUAGGUGAAAAAUGUUGAGCAAGGCACUUCAUCCUAAUUUCUCCAGGGUCACUGUCAAUAAUGGCUGAUCCCUGGCUCUGACCCCGAGGGGUGUCUCAGGGGGAUUGGGAUAUGCAAAAAAACACAUUUCCAAUUCACACUUGCACUUGUACAUGUGUGAAUGGGGCAGAUGUAAACACCCACCCACCUAAUUAUUAUUAUUAUUAUUUAUUAUUUUAUAUCCAUCCUCUCAGAUCUACAGGAGUGCAUCAAAUCAAAUGUUAUUUAUGACAUACUUCUUAAACAACAGGUGUAGACCAACAGUGAAAUGCUUACUUAUGGGCCAUUCCCAACAAUGCAGAGAGAGAAAUAAUAACACAAGGAAUAAAUACACGAGUAACGAUAAUUUGGCUAUGUACAUGGGUUACCAGAAAAAUAAUAACAUGAGGAAUAAAUACACAAGGAGUAACGAUAACUUGGCUAUAAUUUAAAAUCUAAAUACACGGGUACCAGUACCGAGUCAAUGUGCAGGGGUAUGAGGUACAGUAAUUGGGGUAGAUAUGUACACUACAUUUGGAAAGUAUUCAGACCCCUUGAAAUUUUCCACAUUUUGUUACGUUACAGCCUUAAUAUAUAUAUUUUUUUCAAUCUACACACAAUACCCCAUAAUAACAAAGCAAAAACAGGUUUUUAGAAAUCUUUGCAAAUUUAAUAUAAAAAAUAAACUGAUAUCACAUUUUAUUUUACCUUUUUAUUUAACUAGGCAAGUCAGUUAAGAACAAAUUCUUAUUUACAAUUACGGCCUACACCGGCCAAACCCGGACGACGAUGGGCCAAUUGUGCGCCGCCCUAUGGGACUCCCAAUCAUGGCGGUUUGUGAUACAGCCUGGAAUCGAACCAGGGGGUCUGUAGUGACGCCUCAAGCACUGAGAUGCAGUGCCUUAGACCGCUGCGCCACUCGGGAGCCCUUUUACAUAAGUAUUCAGACCCUUUACUCAGUACUUUGUUGAAGCACCUUUGGCAGCGAUUAUAGCCCCAAGUCUUUUUGGGUAUGACGCUACAAGUUUGGCACACCUGUAUGUAGGGUGUUUCUCCCAUUCUUCUCUGCAGAUCCUCUCAAGCUCUGUCAGGUUGGAUGGGGAGCGUUGAUGCACAGCUAUUUUCAGGUCUCUCCAGAAAUGUUUGAUUGGGUUCAAGUCCGGGCUCUGGCUUGGCCGCUCAAGGACAUUCAGAGACUUGUCCCGAAGCCACUCCUGCGUUGUCUUGGCUGUGUGCUCAGGGUUGUUGUCCUGUUGGAAGGUGAACAUUUGCCCCAGUCUGAGGACCUGAGCGCUCUGGAGCAGGUUUUCAUCAAGGAUCUCUCUGUACUUUGCUCCGUUCAUCUUUCCCUCGAUCCUGACUAGUCUCCCAGUCCCUGCCGCUGAAAAACAUCCCUACAGCAUGAUGCUGCCAACACCAUGCUUCACCGUAGGGUUGGUGCCAGGUUUCCUCCAGACGUGACGCUUGGCAUUCAGGCCAAAGAGUUCAAGCUUGGUUUCAUCAGACCAGAGAGUCUUGUUUCUCAUGGUCUGAGGGUCUUUAGGUGCCUUUUGGCCAACUCCAAGCAGUCUGUCAUGUGCCUUUUACUGAGGAGUGGCUUCCGUCUGGCCACUCUACCCCAUAAAGGCCUGAUUGGUGGAGUGCUGCAGAGAUGGUUGUCCUUCUGGAAGGUUCUCCCAUCCCCACAGAGGAACUCUGGAGCUUUGUCAGGGUGACCAUCAGGUUCUUGGUCACCUCCCUGACCAAGGCCCUUCUCCCCCGAUUGCUCAGGUUGGCCGGGCGACCAGCUCUAGGAAGAGUCUUGAUGGUUCCAAAAAUGAUGGAUGCCACUGUGUUCUUGGGGACCUUCAAUGCUGCAGAAAUCUUUUGGUACCCCUCCCCAGAUGUUUGCCUCGAUACAAUCCUGUCUCUGAGCUCUACGGACAAUUCCUUCGACCUCUUGGCUUGGGUUUUGCUCUGACAUGCACUGUCAACUGUGGGACCUUAUAUAGACAGCUGUGUGCCUUUCCAAAUCAUGUCCAAUCAAUUGAAUUUACCACAGGUGGACUCCAAUCAAGUUGUAGAAACAUCUCAAGGAUAAUCAAUGGAAACAGGAUGCACCGGAGCUCAAUUACGAGUCUCAUAGCAAAGGGUCUGAAUACUUAUGUAAAUAAGGUAUUUCAGUUUUACAUUUUUUAUCAAUGUGAAAAAAAAUCUAAACCGGUUUUCGCUUUAUCAUUAUGGGGUAUUGUGUGUAGAUUUUUUUUUAUUUUAUUAAAAAAAAAUCUAUUUUAGGAUAAGGCUGCAACUUAACAAAAUGUGGAAAAAGUCAAGGGGUCUGAAUAAUUCCCGACUGGACUGUACAUGUAGGUAGGGGUAAAGUGACUAGGCAACAGGAUAAAUAAUAGACAGUAGCAGUCAAAAGUUAGUGCAAAAAGGGUCAAUGCAGAUAGUUAGUCUGGGUAGUUAAUGGUUAACUAUUUUGAAGUCUUAUGGCUUGCCUAUCGUGUACUAGGUUCUAGAAGUUGAUUUGUAAUUUAGAAUUUCUCUGUCAUUAUACCGAGCAUUGAACCAUCUGUUCCUCCCUGUCCUGCAGGUGAAAGGUCACCGUAUGGCCCCUCCCCCUUGGGUCGCCCCACCUCUGAGAACAGAGCCUUCCUGUCUCCGCCAACCCUGAUGGACGGCCCGCCCCGCCUCUCUCCAAACUUCCCCCCCAUGGGACCGGGAGGCAGAGGUGACCCCUCCAGUCCACACCCCUCAUCAGUGCACUGCAGGCCACUGCUAUACCAUAACACCACAGCUGAAUUUACAUGGCUUGUGACGUGUGCCCUUUUAGCAUGACAGAGAAUCAUGUUAUACUCGUUGGCAGGGCAUGUCAUGAGUUUAUAUUUAGCAUUAAAUAUUUGUACGUUUGUAUUUAGUACUAAUUUCCUAUGUGCCAUGACCUUGUGAAAAUGCCAUUAAGAAAAAUUAUCUGCAGGAUAAAUUGAUUAUUAUUUAAACUCCUGUUAAUUAAUUAAAUGAAAUUAGAGUUUUGAUUUAUAGUCUUCUUAUUCACUAAAACAAUGCUGAAAACCUGUUCUUAAGCACCUAAUACAAAUGCAUACUAAAUCUUGAUUGGCUGGAAGGUUGGCACAACAUCUGUUACAGAGAUGCUUAUCUUUUAUAGUGUAAAUUGCCUUGGCGGCGAGCAUGCACCAGAAAGAUAGGGAAUGCUAUGCUGCUGCAGUAUAUCACCUACAGAGAGAGGAGCGUCGUCUUUGCACAUGAUGUAUUGUUUUGGUCUUGUCAUCCAUGCUUCAUGAACUCAUUGACAUUAUGCUGUCUCUCUCUUUCUCACUCACCUACCACUCCCACAUCUCUCUCUCUCUCUCUCUCUCUCUCUCUCUCUCUCUCUAUCUAUCUAUCUAUCUAUCUAAUCUAUUCUAUCUAUCUAUCUAUCUUAUCUAUCUAUCUAUCUCAUCUAUCUAUCUAUCUAUUAUCUUAUCUAUCUUAUCUAUCUUAUCUAUCAAUCUUAUCUAUCUAUCAAACCAGUAUCCCGAGGCCUGUUAGAUCCCCUUGGUGGGGUGGACUCUGAUCGGAGUGGUGGUCCUCACUCUGACAGCGGCUCGAUAUCUCCCACCUGGGAGAGGGAUCGCAGGGGCCCAGCUAUACCCCCUCCAGGUACGGUGAUAACCACCCGCUAUCGCCCCCCUAUGAUCUCAGGCAGCAGCCGCUCCAAUCACUACAGACAGAAGUUAUUCUAUCCUUUAUGUAGGCCGUCAUUGUAAAUAAGAAUUUGUUCUUAACUGACUUGCCUAGUUAAAUAAACAAACACAUCUGCUGUUCUAGUCCUCUAGUGUACUCUGUGUGACACACAUUCAUUUGUUUAUAGUGUCAGCCCUAAAGGAUGUGUGUACUUUAUUUACUUCAGUAUGUUUUACCAUCUUUCUACGUAAAGAGGCCCUGACUUUCUUUUGGGUUGUAGAUAAUUAGUAAUAGGGUGAGUGAGUUAUAUUUGUUAACCAACUGUCAGAGAUUUGUUCACAGCAAAAUAAUUCCCCUCAGUUGGGUUACUAUUUUCAUGUCACGGUAAAGUCUACAUCUGUUGUAUUUGGCGCAUGUGACAAAUACAUUUUAUUGUAUUUUAUUAUGGUCAGCCGGCCCUGUGAGAGGUUUGAGAUUCUCUCUUUUGGUUCAAAACACUCUAUUGUUGUCAGUCUGUGAGGUACAGGUCAGUGAGUGUAUGACUACUAUUUGUCCAGUGCUGAUGUGGUCGGUUGUCGUAGUUCCAGCCUCACCUCUGUCUGAGUCACGCGGCAGGGCCACAGAGACGGGCAGAGUCAGCAGGUUGGGCCCACUGACUGCAGACCACCACAUUGAGGAGUCAGAGCCUUAGCCUCCACUGGUUUGUUCCAGAGUUUUCCCCACCCUCACUUUGGCCUUUGUGUCACCUGGGCCCCUGCGCUACUCUAACCCACGUCUGGUCUCGAAUUCACUGGAUCUAGGAACUAUGAACUAUUUAGUUGUUAUCAUGGGGGAGCAAUUAGCAUGUGGCAUCACUGUAUUUUGAUUAUACAUCGACAAUUCCAUCAUCCCCACCCUGCCUACUACUGUCACUGUUUUGUUGUGUACUAACUAAAUGCAUCAUGAUUUAAAUGUGUGCUUGUUUUUUGUUUCGUGAUAUGAUGAAGAUGCUUCUGCUUUUCGCUCCAGUCCCCUUUGGACCAGUGGAGGCUGCUGAGGGGAGGACGGCUCAUAAUAAUUUCUGGAACGGAGCAAAUGGAAUGGCAUCAAACACAUGGAAAGCAUGAGUUUGAUGUAUUUGAUACCAUUCCGCUCCAGCCAUUACCACGAGUCCGUUCUCCCCAAUUAAGGUGCCACCAACCUCCUGUGCUUUGGACACUUCUGAUCUCCUUCAGCUCAGCUGGUCUGAAUAAAGCUGAUGAAACUGUCUUCUCUCUCUCUGCUCAUAAAGGGUGUAUGUAUCCAGACCCAGGCCUUCCCUACAGGAGACCCCCGCCCGGAGCCCUUCCCCUGGGCCCCCUCCCACCCAGGGGCCUUGGUCCUGCUGAGCCCCACAGCUUUGGGCACCACCCUGGAGAUCAACCUGGUGAGAACCCUCCUUUCAAACCUGUAAUUAAAGCACCAUAGAUUUAGUUUUAAAAAAGUCUGAUUUCAAUUUUUGCACUAUAGCCACUCUGUCAAAUUAAUUUCAAAAGGGUGUUUAGUGCUUGGAGUAUGUAACUGAAGUGAUGAAGUACAUUUCAAGACAGGAUCUUUAAUGCUGUCCUGAUUCAGACCGAUCUCCUUCGUCAGCAGUGAAUAGUAGGAGUGUAGAUGAUUAGUAUACCCCUGAAGAACAGUCCAAUGUUAGAAAAUGGGCAGGAUAUUGUGCCUAAUCUGGAAACUCCCUUGGUUUAAUAGAGUUAAGCUAAUAGCAUUAUCGAGGUAUGAAUGAGCCCUCUUUUCAUCAAAUGAACCCACCAAAGACAGAAGUGGAUCUAGCUAGGUUCUUACUGUGGUUUUCCUCUUGUGUUCUUGCAGACUCAUCAUUUAUGGGAAACAGUAUGGGUCCUGGUGAAAAUGAAAGAGAUGUAAGUAUUCUCACCCUUCUUCUAACAAUAGUGGUCCAUUCCAUUCAUGCACUCUCUCUGUCUCUCUGUGUCUCUGUCUCUGUGUGUGCAAACAUGUAUAUUUUGCUGCAAAACUAAUUUCCCCUUGGGGAUAAUGGUGUUCUACAGCUACCACGAUGCCCUCCAUAGUUAUUGGGACAGUAAUGCAUUUUGUUCUUCUUUUGGCUCUAUAUUCCACAAGUUUGGAUUUGAAAUCAAACAAUGACUAUGAGGUUUAAGUGCAGGCUGUCAGCUUUAAUUUUAGGGUAUUUUCAUCCAUAUCGGGUGAACCUUCGUCAGAGUUUACGUGAGUGUUUUUAAUUUGCACCCUUAUGUAAACAUUGCUCCACCCACAUCCAUUCAAUGCAUCGAAUGGGGUUGGAGUCAAGGAAUUCUUAUUUACAAUCAGUUAUUCCAAAAUUACACAAUACUUUAUUUACCAUUAAUUUCUAUUGGGCACAAAAUAAUCUGAAAUGCAACCAAAACAAACAGAAAAUGCAUCCAAGAAGUUUGUUGUAGUCAUUGCAUGCUAUGAAUACCAAAUACUUCACUUUUUACUACUUUAAUACACAUAGAAGUGAAUUUGUCCCAAUACUUUAGUUCCCUAAAAUUGGGGAACUAAACUGAACAGAAAUGUAAACGCAACAUGUAAAGUGUUGGUCCCUUGUUUCCUGAGCUGAAAAAAAAAAUCCCCGAAAUUUUCCAUAAGCACAAAAAGUUUAUUUAUCUCAAAGUUUGUGCACAAGUUUGUUUACAAAACUGUUUGUGAGCAUUUCUCCUUUGCCAAGAUAAUCCAUCCACCUGACAGGUGUGGCAUAUCAAGAAGCUGAUUAAUCAGCAUGAUCAUUACACAGGUGCCCCUUGUGCAGGGGACAAGAAAAGGCCACUUUAAAAUGUGCAGUUUUGUCACACAACACAAUGCCACAGAUGUCUCCAGGCAAUUGGCAUGCUGACUGCAGGAAUGUGUAAUAAAGCCCUUUUGUGGGGGAAAAACUCAUUCUGAUUGGCUGGGCUAACUCCCCAGUGGUUGGGCCUGGCUGCCCAGUCAUGUGAAAUCCAUAGAUUAGGGCCUAAUGAAUUUAUUUCAAUUGACUGAUUUCCUUAUAUGAACUGUAACUCAGUAAAAUCUUUGACAUGGUUGCGUUUUAUAUUUUUUUGUUCAGUAUAUGUACCAAAAGUGCUGUAAUUAUUCAACGGUUCACCCGAUUAUGGAUGAAAAUGCCCUCAAAUGAAAGCUGACAGUCUGCACUUUAACCUCAUAGUCAUUGUUUGAUUUCAAAUCCAAACCUUUGGAGUAUAGUCAAAAGAAGAAAAAAUGCUUCACUGUCCCAAUAAUUACGGCGGGCACUGUAUAUGGAUUUCAGAGUACACAUGGAUGAUAUAUCAGUUAAAUCUCUGUCUAAAUGUGUAUUUGGAAUGUGUUCCCUCAGUCCCACCUGUCAGCACCUGGAGAUCUGAGAGACAUGACAAUGCCCCCUGAUGCAGACAUGAGGAUGGGACCUCCUCUCUUAGGACCCCCUGGUACGGGUCCCCUCCCACCCAUGGACCACAGGGACCCUUACUUUGCACGCAGAGGCCCCCAAGGCCCUUACGGACCUCCAGACUUCUUCCCCCCACGAGGUCCAGCGGGGCCCCCCAUGGGCAGUAUGUAUUCUCUUUUCCCUACAUAAUAAAGGCUCAUAUGUGCUUUUAAGUUAUAACGCAUUUUAACUGCAGGUUUUAAGUAGUAUUGCAAAAUGUUUUAAUGUAAUCAUUUGGUUCUAUUAACAUAAGCUUUGGGUGGGAGAUAAGCUUUGGGUGAGGAUUGUCAUUCCAUACAUAAUUUUCUACAUCUUGCAGGUUAAAUUACUCAGCUUCAUACUGUUAGACUGACUAAACGUAAUCCUUUCCCCCUUGUUUCCCUUGUAGUGCGAGGGCCACCUCCCCCGGGAAUGUUUGGGCGAUUUCCACCGCCACAGCAUAUGGGCUACCCUCCCAUGAGGCCCCACCCAGACAGUUUCCCCCCUGGACCCCCUCCAAGGCCCUCCCCACCAGGCAGCGAACAGUCUCCCGACCAGUCCCCCUCUCCACAUGAUGUCAUCUGAGCCAGCUCUCUCUUUCCCUCUCUCUCUGUGCGGGAGAAACUCUCUCUCGGCCCGCUUCCUGUGUGAAAACUUCACUUCCUGUUGUUGUGAUAGUAGUGAGCGACUGAGCGUGUUCAGGGACUGUUUCCUGAAGUGUAACCUCGACAUUCAUGUGACCAUCUCCCUUUUUUAGAGGCUGGGAGUGGAAUUGUUUCCCCACAGUCUGUCGCACACACAAACAUAGAUCACUGUGUCUUAGGACUUAUUUGAGAACAGCACAGUACCACCAGGAGUUUUACACAACUGGAAGUACUGAGCGAUCAUCUAUGUAACACAGUUUGGUACUGUAGCUAUGUGUGUUUUUAUGGUGUUGAAUGCAGUCUUUUUGAAGAGGUUCCAUAGAGUACCACAGUAUGAGUCAUAAUACCCAUAAAACCUAGCAGUCAAACAGAGAAAUGGUUCCAAUUGUUUUUCCACCAUUUUUCCCAUAAGGGAUUUUAGAAACACGUCAAAUAAGGGCUGGGUUUUUUUUGUAGGCUUACCCUGGCGUGACGUUUUGAUAACCAUGUAAAUCUCUCUAGGACAAGGUGACUUUUAUCAAUAUAUUCGCUAAUAUAGCUGCUAAUGUGGCUAUCAUAAAGAACU